AUGCCAGGGACGAACGCGACGGGAUACAUUCAUCGCCUCCUCGGGGCGAAAGACACGGUAGACCAGGCCGCCAUCCGCGCUUGGGAGAUCGCGCGUGCGACGCAACAUACUGGAACAGGCGCGCGCGUCCACCGCCUCCUCGAGAAAGCGAAGCGCGGCGAGCCGUUCACGGUGGCCGCAAUCGGCGGGAGCGUGUCUAAAGGUCGCGGUCUGGUCAACCCCUCUGAAGACGACCAUGUGCGACCGCCCCCCGAUGCUGGCAUGGGCGCGUCGACGCUCUACUCGCCUGAGAAUCUCCACGUUCUCGUGUUCGAGUGGCUCAACUCCACCUUCCCCCACCCCGGCAAUACAUUCGUCAACGGCGCCCAAGGAGGCGUAGGCUCCGGCUACUUCGCGUGGUGCUUCAAGGAGCACAUCGCUCCGGCGCCUGAUCUGGUCCUUAUUGAGCUGGGCAUCAACGACCUGCUGAGUCUCGACAUCGUCCCCAAGUACGAGCAUCUUGUUCGUUCCGUGCUCGAGCUCGACUCUGCGCCGGCAAUAAUCAACCUCGAAACGUUUACUACACUCUUCCCCUCACUUGUUUCCAGCAGCGCACUGCACGCCGAUGUCCUCGCGUACUACGAUGUGCCCAGCCUUAGCAUACGCGAUAUCCUACUUCCACGCAUUCUGGCCGACCCACACACCCAGCUCCCCCGCUGGUUCCGGACGGGCGGCGACGUCCGUCUCGGUGACGACAAGGUUCGCGAGUGGGGCGGCGUACCCGUUGAUCUGAUGCAUAUCUCCGCCAAAGGCCACGCCCUUGCCGCAGGUCUCAUCAUCAACUACCUUUCUCAACAGCUCUCCAUAGUCUCUCCUGGUGGUCUUCUGGGUCGCCUCGGUGCGAAGCGCCUCCGGGCCGCGCAGCGGGUGUAUGAUGUCCCCAGCACACGGUUGACCGCCUCUUUCAACCCCGCGGACAUGCCUGGACGCCGGCCACCAGUGUGCAGAAGCACGAACUCGCCACGCCUACACGCCGCCAUCUCUGGAAUUGAGUCCGACGAGGAAGGCGCUCAAGGCAUCCAGUUCGCCACCAACUCUGGCUGGCACCCAUGGGCGUGGGAUGAGAAGCGGUACAUGAUCGCGCGGGAGCCUGGAUCCCUGGCGACGUUCGAUUUUGUUACCGCUGAGACGGAGGCGGUCGAAACGCACGAUGAGGAGCCUCUGGAUGACCCGAUCGCUGAAUACGAGCCGCACCCGGAACGCACCGAGCAGCGGCGCUCCAUCGAGCGCAAAGCGCGCCCCGAGACUGUAGUGGACAGGCGUGAGGCAGCGAAGCAGCGUGAAAGGGCGUCCGCCCGCGCGAGGGCCCGCAAAAAGCGUCCCCGUUCCGACGCCACCGGUACGGUGGCUGUCGGGUACCAGCGCAGCGCACACUACGGCCUAGGAUCUGUGUGGUGUUGGGUCGACUCGGACCGUGCCGGCGGCGUGCGCCUGGACGGGUACUGGGAGAUCAAGGAGCGCAACAUGGGCAUUGUGGAUACGGUCGCAACCGGGCUUGCGCCAGGUCCACACCGGCUCAGCUGCGAGCUGCUGCCUGAUACACGCGACCCGCAGGGCCGCAAAGAGUUCCGCCUCUUUGCGAUCAUGCACGACUGA